UGUUAUCGAGGGGGUUAGCCUGACAGAUAGGAGACAGACGGACAACUCCAAUCCAACUCACUGAUGACUGAAGAACUGCAUUUGGAAAGCCCCAAAUGUUAGCGAAAAUGCUGCCGUUUCUUCAUCUCUCUUUCGUCGGUGUCGCUGCGCUCUCUCAGAAGCUUUUGUGAGAUUUUAAAUUUGUUCUGCAUAUGGAUUCCGGUGUUUCUACGGAUAAAUGGAGGGAAUGCACAGACUCAGCGGAUGAAGCUUUAAAAAAAUCGGAUGGCACAACUGUUCUUGAAGCUAGAGGAAGUUUUCUUGAUCCAACCACAACCAGUGUUGCUUUAGGGCCUAUUACUCCUGAUUCUGACCGAGAGAGCGGGGAAGUCCCUGAUUUUGGCUCUCCAAUUACUGUGCUUAGAAAACCAGCGAAACCACUCUGCUUUGAUUUGGAGACUUCAAGAAAUCAGGACCCAUUUGUUUCAAUUGAUGACAGCAGCAGCCGCCCUCGAACUCCCAAAGGCGGUGUAUUUGAUCCAUUUGCUCCUGGUCCUGAUCGUCUGGCGCCGGCCCCAUUUUGUAAGAAAUAUUUCGACAAAUCAAGAAUUAAUGUUGGGCGUCGGCUUAGUUUCGAUUCCUCAUAUAACAUUGUGGAAGAUGCAGGUUUCAUGUCCGAGGAAGAGAUGUUUGAUGCUCUCUACGAAAAUCUGUUGGAAGUUAUUGUUACCAAGCAGGCUGAAGAUGCUCUCUCUGAGAUUUCAAAUAUUGUAUGUGAUUUUGAUGCUUGCCAGACACCUCCCUCAGCACCUCGGCUAACUGGCAUUGCUGAUACUUGUCCUGGUGCGCCUAUAAAGCCCACAGGUAAAUCAAGGAACUUUGACUUGGGAUUGUGCAGGAAGCUUGAAUUUUGAUGCUCAAUGAUUCUCAUGUUAUUUUUUUGCUGAGAACAUGACACAACACUAGCAGCGAAUUUGGAUACCGUACACAUUGAUGGUGUGAAAUUGUAAGAUUAGGGCUUUUAAGUUAUAGCUUGGGUUAUUUAGGGAGUAUAUUCUGACAGGGAGCCAUUUUUGUCUGACAAAGUUCUCAAUGGUAGUAGCAAUCUGGUAUAGUAAUUCAAGGGGUUUUUCUUGUGGAAAUUAGCAAGAAUUCUUUGUUGCCAGACUGUAUCAUUGGUGUUCCUUUCUCUCUGUUUUUUUCCCCAUAGAAGAAAAAUAAGAACAAAUUCUGUUUGCAUAUGCCAACAUUUGUAACUCUUAACAACUCUUCAUCUAAAUUUUAAGCAGGUAAUGCUAUCUCAGGA